AUGCCAAAUUGUACUAGAAUUCAAGACAGAUCAUUUGAAGCGAUAGAUCUCACGGCUGUACGAGCGAUAUUUGCUGUUCUCUACUGUUUGGUAUGGGUUGCAGCUAUUGUCGGCAAUGUACUCGUUCUAUAUGUAGUGUCCUUCAACCAGGUGUCCUUAUCUGUCCGCAGUGUUUUUAUUGGAUGUUUGGCCGUUUCCGACCUACUUAUGUCACUCACCUCACUUCCUUGGACAGCAGUCACCUUAUUCACACGUGAAUGGAUAUUUCCAAAGCCAAUCUGCAAGCUGAUAGGUGUAUUUCAGGGUGGUAGUAUUUUUGUCUCCAGCUUCACGCUUACUAUAAUUGCCCUCGAUCGCUGCCUUCUCAUCACUAGACCGAACAGAGAGUUCAUUGGAUAUAAUCGAGCCAUCGCCAUAGUCGUUGGGAUUUGGGUUCUCGGGUAUUCGUUGGCGCUGCCAACCGGCAUUUUUUCCAAAGCAGUCAGCUUUGAGACGAUUUGUGGAGUUUUCUGCGAAGAGAUUUGGCCAGACACUGAAUCAGGCCUCAUUUCGCCCAGUCGGCGUCUAUACGGCUUGUCGGUUCUUCUGUCCCAGUUCGGUAUCCCGGCACUGAUAUCUUCCGUAUGUUAUUGGCUGAUUAGCAGAGUAAUGUCUUCACAGCUGGAGCGAAGAAGGGGUCAAACUCUCCUGAAAGAGUCCGAGGAAAAACUUGUGAAUCGAAAAGCACGGGCUAACAGGAUGAUGAUUGCCAUGGUGCUGGGAUUCAUCUUUGCGUGGAUGCCAUUGAAUGCUAUUAACCUCUAUCGAGACUUAGGGUCAUCUGUAGGUAGCCCGUGGUUCUCAACGGUGUUCGCUCUUUGUCAUGUUCUCGCCAUGACAUCAGCGGCUCUAAAUCCUGUGAUCUACUCAUGGUUCAAUCCACAGUUCCGGUCUGCUAUUCAGUCACUUUGCAGAGGGCAGAGAAAAUCGAUGAAACGUAAACUACAUACUGAGGUCCACACGAAGCUAACAGAGGCUACAACUGACGUUAAAAUCAAGCCAGAGCUGGUUCUCAGUGAUUGCCACCAACCCGGUGAUCAGAUUCUCUAA